UGAAAACUAACAGCACAAAGACAACUACACAUGCCUGGGCGCUUCAACCUGGUCUGCAGUGAGCGCUGAAGAUAUAGAUAUUUAUUUGUUUUUAUUUUGCUUUACUUCGUAAAAGCUUGUAACAACUUCACAACGAAGACGCCGUCUAGCUAUGUUAAAGAACUUCAACAGCAGGGACAUAUUCUUCAGUAAGCAACUAUGGAAGUGCGAGGAAGAAAAGGGUCCAUCGAGCUUUCCACAACUAACUCAUCUAAGCCAGUAGGAACCGUGGCAUUGAGGAACUUCACCAUACCCAGGAAGAAACGAGUGUCUGGACAAGUCCUCCUGGAGCCUUGUCCAGAAGACAGUCGUGAUUAUACUCUCAUUCAGUCCAAACUAAAAGAAUCCAGAUUAGACAUGAGGAAGGAGCAUACUAACACAUGGCUAUGGAAAGAUGUCAAAUUAGUGCACAAUGAUGGGUUUCUUAAGGAAUUCUCUGAAAAAAGGUCAGAGAUGCGUACAAAAGGUAGACAUGGCAGAGAAAUGGAAGAACGUUUUUGCUUCCUGGUAGCAUCUUCUGAAGCAACAAAUGAAAUUUACCAGUUUGGACUAAGGACUGGGAGCCAGGACCAGUAUUCUUUGGGAAAGCCCUCACAUGGGGUUUAUUUGUUUAAGCAUGUUGAUGUGGCUCUAAAACAUGCAACUGCAAGCACAUGUAAUGGGAAAAAUCUGUUCAUUUUCAAGGUGCUCUUUGGAAAGGUGAAAAAAGUCACACCCAGUUUGGAGUGGAACAGAACCGUAGACCCUAUGGUUGGCUUUGACUGUUACAUGGCAAAAGAUGCUGUUUCUUAUCAUGACAGUGUUUACCAGCAAGUUUCGGGCUCUUCGGUGUUUCUAUUUGACUACAAUCAAAACCAAGAACUCAACAAACGGCCAAGGCAAUGUUUGCCAUAUGCUGUGGUUUCAUUUGCUCCAGCUGUUAGUGCUGCAGCACCAACAUCCAUAAGUCCACCUGUUUCACCCAUUAAAGCUCCUGCUAGCCUUAUGCAUGGCCCUCUAGAGCAUUUGAAAGGCUGCACUGUGGCUAAAAGAACAGGCAAAGGAGAGAAUACCACAGUGACGUUCAAACGUUUUGCGACACAAGGCUGCCCAGGCGUGGAGUGCCAGUCACAAAUGCCAAGAGCAGAGGCUAACGGAGUAGAUGCUUCUCCAUUUCAGUACAACGAUCUGCAAACUACACCUCCAUUUAUCCUUCACCAGGCAUACAUGCCUUAUUAUAAUACAACAGAUUAUUUCAAUUUGUCACUACCAUGUUAUGACAGUGGCAUUUCAUGGCAAAGCUCUAAUGACACACCUGCAUUCCCUCCAAGUGUAUACAACCUGAACACUGCAAGUGUCUGUGGAGGUAAUACAGACACCUUGGGGGUAAUACCUCAAACUUCAGAAGAAAAAGUGUCCACCAUAGUCUAUUCAUCUCGUCUGGUUAAGGACCCAAGGUUGUCCAGGCAAGAAACAAACAUACAGAGGAAAAACUCAGAGGAAGAAAGAACAUCUAAUGUUUCAGAAGGUAAGGAACAGGAACGCCAGGCACACUCACGAGACCAGAAAGAGGAGAAUGAAUCCACUUUAUCUUGUGAAAAACAGUCACUGGAACUGGAUAAGGAACACAAAGAGGGCAGGUUCUCUAAACCCUCACUGGAUGAUCCAAGCAAAUCCAAUUCCACUGCACAGCCAAAGACUGAGAAUAUGCCUUCAAUUAAAUUAUUUAAAAUGAAAUUUCAGAAAUAUGCUCCAUAUUUCAAGAUGACAGAGGACGAGAGACACGUAAAAAUAUGGUCCAAAGGAAAUCUGAGUCCAGAACAAAAACAGUUAUUGAUUGACCGCAUACAUUUCUAUGAGAUGCAUCACGAAAUGUAUAAACAGGGACUGCUUUUUCAAAAAGACACAGAGGCAGAAACUGCCUUCCGUUUGUCUCAUACAGAGUCCCAAAACAAUGAAGUCUGCUCAUCCACACAUUCCCCUUUAUUGAAAAAAGGGACCCAAUGUGAAGUAAGUCAGUCCCAUAUGAUAAAUUCAGUAAGUGCCAAUGUUUCUAAUUUGAGAUCUACUAUGGUGUUGGCGGAUUCUGAGAGAAAUAAAGUAGCUCUACUGAAUACAGACAAUGAUGAGUUCAACCAGGAGAUUUGUAGACCAAAAGAAAUCCAUGUGCAGGAAAAAGAGCAGGAUCCUUCUCCAGAUUCUCAGACUGAGCCUCAAGAUGGAGGUUUGAUUCAAUCUGUAAAAGAAAAAGAAAGGAUUUCAGGGACAUUCAUUGUGCAGGGUGCCAUGCAACCAAAUCCUUCAGACAAGAGCAAAACUAUAGAAUCUACACAUGAUUUUACCCCAUCUUUAUGUCCUUCAAUGCAAGAGAUAAAGAUAAAGAGCCAAGAUGUCUGUGAAAAUGAGAUUCCCACAAGCCCAAAAGAGUAUUCUGCAUGUAAGCCUACACUAAGCAAUACAACAGAAGACUGUUCUGAAUUUGAGCAAGACAUAAUAGCCAUGGAAGUGGCAAACUGUGUCGACAUCUCAGCCACUGAUGUACUAGAAUGCGAUGACUGCUCCUAUGUCACUGCGAUGAAGCCAGGUCAACAGAGUCAAAGUAAUACUGAAAAACUAGAUGGGGAAACACUGACUCAUUCUAAAUCUGAUACAAAUUCUGAGAUGUCUAUAGAGGUUGAGAGGGAAGAACCACAACACAACACUAUUUACAAUUCAUUAUAUAAACGAUUACAGCUAGAUCAGCUAUUGACCAAUUCAAAUGAAGCAAACGAUUUCUCUAACAAAUCUUAUCUCAGGGCAAAAGGUCUGGACAAAACGCUUGCUAUCAGUUCACCAGAUGUUAAUGAACCGAAGGAAGAAGACCUCCAGCUUAUAGUUAAGAUAAAAUCGAGCCAGACAUCCCCAGAAAGACUUACGCUUUCUGAACGAUUCUCAAAAUUGAGACAGCUUGGUCGGAAACUAGCAUCCUUUGUUCACGUAAACAGGCUAACCAGUACCUACAGCACUCAUCUCAAUGGAGACUUGAAAUGUGAACCAGAAGCUCGAAUCUGUAGUGAUGGAGGAAAAGAAAUAAAAAACAAUAACGCUGAAUUGAUUAAACUCAUGGCACAGAGGUACAAUGAAAAUAAGUUCAAUGCAAAUUGUAAACGUCGCAGACAGAGAAGUUCAACGGUUCUAUGCAGAAAAAGCUCAAUAUCAGGUGUACUGAGUAAAAGAACUUCAGGUCACUUGCCGUUUCGUAUUCAGGCUCAGACAAAGCACAUUAGGAAGAAUCAACUGCUGAAGGCGAAGAGAAAACGUAAAACAAAUCUAGCUUUAAAAAUGAGUUCUUGUGGUCAAGCUUCAUUUAGCAAGUUGACUUCUGACUCAUCAAAAGAUCUUUCAUGUACCGGCACAGCUAACGAUGUUGAUGGAGGUUCUGAGUCACACCUCAAUUCAGCUGCUGCAUCUCAGUCUGGUUCACAAAUCCAUGGCAAACUUCUGGGGUCCAGUCAGAAUGACAAUGCCACUAAUAUUUUAAAUGCAGAGGGUUCCUGUGCAGACAGUGAAAAUGAGACUAUACAUGGUGAUGAGCUCUCUCAAACGAAAGAACGGUGCAUUAAUCCUGUCAAACAGUCAGCAGAAAUUGUCCAUGAUGAUGUUUCAAACCAUAAUGAGAUCAAAGAAUCAGAGGAAAACAUCACUUCAGAUACUAAAGGUCCAGUAAUCAUUGAGGAAAUGGAAACAGAUAGCGGAACAAACCAUAACAAGACAAGUCAUCAAGAAAAAUCUUCCCUGGUCACAUGUUCUGGCAGCAAUGAGUCAAGUAAUGGUGAGAGUGCAGAAGCAGAAAACAAGGAAGAGGCAUUAUUACUGAAAAAGCUUUCUGAGGAGGACAAUAGUGACACUAAAGAGGUUUUGCCUGAUUACAACACUGGAGCUUAUAAGGAUACAAGUAGCCCUGUUCCCACUGUCUCAAGUAUCCCUAGUGAUAUAACCUCAGGUAAUGUGAUAAGCAGCUACACUGCCAAAGCCCAGACAGCCCUGACUCCAGAUUCACCUAAAGUAAUGAAUAAUGAGACCGACACACAAACCGAGGACGGUGACACUGCUGUGAACAAUUCUGGUAAUGGCUUAACCCAAAGGCUAUCAAGCACUAACAAAUCAGGGAAGACCAAUAACAUCUGCAAUCUUCAAGAUGGAGAACUAUAUCCAAAAAGCACAGAGGCAAAUGAAGAGAGGUCAGAUGCUGACCAGAACUGCUUAAAAGCACUGAAAGGUGCCAAGGGCGAUGUCGCAGGGAUCUUCACAGAGAAAACAAAUCACCAUUCUGAGUUAGCGUCAAGUUCUCAAUGCCAACCUUCUUUACAGGAUACUAAAAGCAGUGGGAUAACAGACUCACUUGUAGAGACGACAUCAGAUUUCCACAGCAGAAUCAUUAAAGAUGCACAAGAAGACCUUGCUGGGACAAUGGACAGUCUGCAUUUAGCCUGGCGAGGACAAGACAAAAAUAGCCUUCCAGCAACUUCAGAUAAACAGGUAAUUUCUAAACUGAGAGAAUAUUUAACCAGAUUUGAGUUCACAGUUAAAAAACAGGAUCCUGUGAAUAACUCUACAAGAGAGGAUCAUGUUCCAACCACAUGGAUAAGUUUAGAUAGUACAGCUCACAAACAGCUUUUACACAACACAAGACACUACAGAAAACAGGCUGAUCUCACACACAGACAGAGUGAAACUAUACCUUUCCAAGCUGCCCCUACCAAACACAAGCAAAGUAACGGAGACAGCCAACCUAACAGCCCUAUAGUGAAGAGAAGGAGAACAAGCAAUUUGGAAAGGGUCAGUCCAGACAGUACCUUUUCUGAAACAGUCAGAAAUGAGCCAAAUGCAAAUCUGGUAAAUACGAACACUCAACCGUACCAGACUGCCUCUGGUGUACCUAACCACUGGUUUCAAAAUCAUGGAACUAAUCUGCAGGAAAAUCAGGUCAUCUGUCCCCAAGUUUUAAGCAGGUCAUGUGGACAGCAAGGAAACAGAUCAAGAGAACAGCCAUGUAAGAUAAAUCAGUCAAACAAACAAACUGCAUACGAAAAAGUCCACACCAAAUACAUCCAGGAAAAGUACAGUGUCACUGAUAUCUCCAAGACUCUAAAAAUGGCUGACCAUGCAAUUUCCGUGAUAGAACUUGCUCCCCUGCAGUCAAAAUGCAAAAGAAUGCUCCAACAUUUUAUCUCCAACUUCGAAAAAGAUCAGAAGGUUUCUUUCCACCAAUCCUGCAUUACAAGAAAUCUAAUCUUGGAACAGUAUCUAGACCAUCCUCCUCCACCAGUGGAGUUGAAGUUUGAGGCAAUAAAUUCUUUCUUGGAACUACAGAUGAUAAUCGAGGCCUGCCAAUUUGUUGACAACAAAAUAAAUUUCCUGAGAAGAAAACCAACGUUUAGGAGUUUGCUCUGGUAUGAUCCUUCUCUCUAUGGCGAACUUUAUAAGGGCACUGUUGGGUUUCAGCAACAAUCAUCAUUGUUUUCAUCGUUCCAGCAGUGCCUAACCAGCGACGACUACAGAAGAUUGCGGGAAUACUAUUGUGCAGUGUCCACUUUGCAUCAGCAGCUACAAAAUUCCCCUGACACAUCGUACUACAUGUACCUGAAAACCAAGCGGGAGAGGCUUGAAAUAGAAGCUGCAUUUAGAAAUCCCUCUGAUGUUAAGAGUUUCUUUUUAUCUCUACCAACAGCCACCAUGAUCAAUUUAGGAGACCGCUUGGAAAAUUUGAAAAAGACGCAUGAUAUAGUGACAGCAUUUAUUGAGACACCAGCAGAUCGGUUGCCAGGUAUAUUUGAUGUAGGGAAAGCUGAGCACCUGUCCAUUAUAUGCAGAUAUCUUCAAGAAAAAAUCCUCUAUUUGAAAUCCCAUAAUGAAAUUACUAAAAUUUCAUGGUUUGGGAUGGAACAUCUUCUUUACGAUGCAUCGAAGGUCCUUGUAUGGAGUGAAUCAGAGCAUGGGAUUCCAAAUGAAGUGCUGACGAAAUACAACAGGAUAAAUUCAAAGUUUGUUUACGGGGAGACAGAGGCUCGUUUAGCCCAUGUUAACAAAACUGAUCAGUCCCCCCAGCCUAUGGAUAUUGUGAAAAGCACACCACCACUGCAAAUGAAUGCUAGCAGAAUCCCAUCAACAGGGGGAUCCACUGAGAGGACUCAAACUGCGCUAAUUCAAAUGGAAGAUGGAACAAAAGAAACACAUCAACCAUCCAGCAGAGGAGCAACGCUCUCAUGCCCAAGAAGUAACUUUAGUGAUGGUGUUACCCCGCUUAUUCAGCCCAGUCUGGCAGCCCAACCUGGAAGCUCACCUCUUUACACCGAUUUCACGCAAAGAAGUAAUGCAUCGCAUUGGAGAAUUCCCAGAACUUCUGCCUGGGACUGGAGCCCACCUGACGCUAUCCAGUCACCGUCACACUCCGAAAUAAGGGCUCUGCUUUUGUCUAAGAGGCCACCUUCAGCACACGCAAAACCAACGACAACAUCGUUGACAGAUCUGCAAAUCCCUGCAGUCAGACAGCAACAACUGUCACAACCACUGAUUGUGAAACCUAAACCAGUCGAGAGGAGUAAAGUUCAGCCAACAAUUAGUGCACCUCAGCAUCUGGAGCUCUUAAAAGAGCAAGCAAAUGAGUUCAGCAUGCCUAUGAUACCAGCUUUUCCUUUCCCAAGUUUCUCCCCAGAUGCACCCUCAGUAAUCCCUCCGCCUUUUCCACAGCUUCCGUUCUCCAGCACUUCGAAUCAAGUGGCACUGCAUAACAAUCCAACACCGAUAAGCUACCCUUUCUUUGUCUUCAAUGGACAAACAUACUCCACUACAGGCUCCUCCAUGCCUGUGUCAGCUAUUCAUACUGAAACUCAACAUCUUCCUCGCCCUGUUUAGAGAGUGCAUACAGUAUUUGGUACUGUUAGAAUUUGUUCUGUUCUUAAAUGUUUAUGUUUUUAUUUCAGAGACUUUUGAAACCUCCUUCAAUGUUAUUACUCUAGGUCAGUCAUGCUCUAAUCGAAUAUGUUCCUAACCAGUUCUUAUCUUAUAUGUUUAACAUUAAAUUUCUAAAUACAUGAAAAACAGUAUCUGUUUAAACUGUAAUAGCUUUGUUAAUAGAUGUUACAUUUAUUGUUUUUUUUUAUUUUUAUGAAUAAUAUAUUUUAACAUUAAAUUGUUCAUAUGUUUAUAAUGAUUUUAAAAAUGCACUUUGUUUUA